GCAGGCCCAUAAGCAACCCUGUGUGAGCUUGCCCCUUUGGCUGGGAACAUGGGGAUGGGGGUCGGCUUGGGCCUCACCUUCCUGCAGGUGGGGCUGGUGGCCAGCUGGGGGCUCCGGGCAGUUUCAGAGCACAGCAGCGCCAACUGGUCAGCAGGGUUGGACCCCUCCACACCCAAGCCCAUCACCUGGACCGCACAGCCGGCCACGGCCACCAGCGACGGCACGGGCACUGGAGCAGUGCCAGAGCCCGCCAUGACCUGCAGGGGAGAGGAGGACUGCCCCCCUUGGAGCAGGUGUGAGCCCCAGUCUGGGCACAGCUCUUGCCGCUGCGACCUGGGCUACCAUCUCAGCCCCACCCUGGGCUGUGUGCCAGUCAGGGCCUUCCCUGCCCAGCUGCUGCUGCUCCACCUGGACGCGCUCGGCCCGCCGGAGGAGGAGGAGGAGGAGGAGGAGGAGGCGCGGCUGCCCCGGCUCGCCUCCGGGAUGCAACACCUGUUCCAGCGCAUCUUGGGCCACCUGGCUGGCUACCUGGGCUCCUCCACCCGAGACCUGAAGUGGCCCGGUGCAGAAGUGACCGUGUUGCACCACUUCUCUGCUUGGAUGCCAGUCACAACCCACGAGGUGGAAGGGGCCGUUGCCGCCUUCCGGGGCUGGUGCCGUGACAGCAGCCACGCUAGCACCCCAGCCUGUGUCCUCCUGAGUCACGUCGGCACCUACCAGAGCCUGAGCCUCUGUCACUUUGGCCUCUGCGAUCCCAGCUCCACCCACUGCUCCUUCCAGGAUGGCCUUGUGCGAUGCCAUUGCCGGCCCGGCUACCUCCAGGCGCACGCCGCGGAUCGCACCUGCACAGCCUGUAGCAGUGGAUUUUGGCUGAGGAACGGCACCUGCACCAGGUGCCUGUUUGGGUUCAGUGGCGCCAGCUGCCAGGAACCCUUUCUGCUGGCCUUGGUGGCCGUCUCCUGCGUUGCGGGGCUGCUGCUGCUCCUGCUCCUGACCAGCGUGGCUCUUUCAGGAAGGACUCUGCACCCCCAGGAACCCUCCACCACCCCACAGCUGCCUCUGCACUCCUCUACCUUGAGUCUGCCUCGGGUGCGCCCCCCAUGGACCAUGCAGGAGACAGAGGGGGGGCCCCUGGGAAGCCGGACCCCUUUGUCCCUCUGGGACACAGACGGGCGGCCACCCGUGGCUGGUGCCCCCACCAUGAAGACGUUCCUGGGGUCCCCGAGCUCCCUGUCCUCUGCCCCCCAGCCCCUGGGAGGCUGCAGCAACCUUGUCUUUGUCAACGAUGCAGAGGAGUGGGGAAAGUGAAGCUAUUUCUGAAGAAGGUGUCCCCCCUCCCCCCCACCUUGGCCUUGACUCUGCCUGGAUCUCUCCUGGAUGAGGCCCCGGCCAGCACCAAGGAAGAAGCACAGUGAAGAGUGAUUCCUUCCCCCCCCCCCGCUUGGGGUGGGCUUCUGCGCUGCUCUGUGAGCCACCAGGGCCAGUCAACUGGCCCUUCCUGGGGGAAACAGAGUGCCCGGUGGGGGGGGGGGCUGUCCAGGAAUGGGGAGGGGGAGGUCUGCAAUGCACUGGCUCUAAACCCUGAUGGGGAAGUCCAUUGUUGGGGGGGGGGCAGAGGGGUCCUUAAAAGAGUUUUCAGCGUCCUUUGGUGCCUGCGGGAAGGAGAGUCUUGCAUUUUCCACAGCUCCGUUCAUGACGGUGGGCCCUGCCAUCCCUGCAAGCCAGUGGUUCUGCGAAAGCUGCAGCACGCGCCCGCACACUGCCUGACACAGCGGCCAGAGCAGGGGGACUUUGCCCUCGCUUGCCAAACCCACUGCAAGAUCUUUGCCCGGAUUGCUCAAUUGGCUGCGUCUCUCUGGGUCACCUUCCCAGGUGGGAGCGGGCUUGCACCAUGCCGUGGCUCUCAGGCCUUGCACCCAUCUGCCAGAGCCCUUUCUACGUGGAAGUGGCUCCCAAGCCCCCCCCCCCGGUGUGUUCUGGCGGAGGGACGGGGCUUGAGGCCUAAGCAAGACAUUGCAGGCAGCUGCAUCUUUCUGCUCCUGGACAAGCUGCCCCUGGCGUGGGUUCCCCCUCCCCGCCCCGCUUUUUAACCUAAACAACAGCCAGGGAGGGGCUGGCUCACCUUUCCCUUUCCUGCUGUUUGUCCACCUUUUCUCCCCAGAGCAAACCACCAACCGGCCUGCGUGGGUGCCCUUGAGUGGGCAAAUGGCUGGGAGCGACAAGCGAAGUGGCCACUGCUAAUCUGAAGCGGCUUUGCCUUUGAAAAAGCCACCUGUGGCAGGAAAUCCACAGCUGCGUGCCACGUGUAGCGCGGCCCUCAGCCUGGGAGUGGAUGCCAGCCAGGGCCGUUGCCCUGAGCUGUCAGGCGAAAUGAGGAGGGGGCACCACCAGCCUUCCACGGAGGCUGCUUUCCCCAAGUGCAGGCUGGUCGUGGGGCUGCUCUUCUGCUGCCCCUCGCUCGGCAAAUUGGAAUCUCAACUAUCAGCCCCUGCAGUAUAUAGAGCCACGGUUCCUUGGACAUUUUAACUGCAAAUCUCUGUCCUAUUUAUCCUUAAAAGUGCAGUCUAUAGGAUGCUGCUAAUACUGCAGUCUCUGUUUUAAUAGCUUUCUGUAAAAUGGUGGACAUUAACAAAUUUCCAUAGUUUGUCAAUGAGACAUGAAUGUUAUUUCUUUACUUCUUUUGUAAACAAUUUCCAACUUGAAGAUAUUGCAAGAUAUUGGGGAGCUCCUGCAUCAAGCAGCAGAUUGAACAGGGGUAGGGUGGGGUGGGGGGCUGCAACCCCCAGUGCUUUGCCUUAACCCGUAGGAUUCUGUUAAUCAGUUUAGCCAUUUCUCUGGCCUGAUAAACACCUAAAUCUUUACUGCCUCUUCUCCUUCCAUCCCAUCAAGCUCCAGUCAAGCCUGGCAAUCUGGAUUUGUGCACAUUAAACUCUGAGUUACCUUGAUUAAUUUGUAACUAGCCCCUUGAUGAAGUAUAUUUAUUUGAUAAUAGAAAGAAGAGAGGACGUCUUAAUGUGAAAACGACAUGGUCAAUAUAGAGAUUAAUUUUUAUUAUGCAUUUUCCAGCAUCUCGCUCCCCCGCCCCCCUUCAUGUGUACAUCCAUCUUGGUCAUAAUUGCUUAAGGUCUCGAUACAUACUUUAAUUGGCGAGGGUGGUGGCGGGACCCCUGCCCUACUGUGCGUCCCCUUCCCCCGCUGAAGGUUAAUUGGUCUUAUCCAUUCAUUAAGCAGCAGUUCUGGCAGAGAAUCAUAAAAACGUCGACUUGGACUAGAAAUUUCUACUCUGGGCCAGGUGCAACCAAUAUAUCUUUUUAAAAAGCCCCUAAACACAGGCUGCUUAUAAAACUUCUUAUAAGGCUGCUUAUAAAACUUCUGUUUUUCCGUAUUCCUGUAAAACUGAUAAUAUGUAAUCUUUCAAAUCGUCAUCCAAUUGUGCCGUAAUAAAUUCUGUUUUGAAAAACAGCAAAAAGCAAAGCGGCGUGUCUUCUCACCUCAACAGGUACAGCAGCUAAAAUUUGACAAAUGCUCGAUAUAUUUAUAAGGUUUUGUUUUCUCCAGGUCUUUAUUUGCCUUUGAGAGUAAUACAAUAUUUGCAUCUGCUUUGGUUUGUCAUAUGUGUUACAUAGUAUUUGUUAUUGUAGUACUUGUUAUGUCUUGCGUAAAUAAAAUAAAAGCUAGCUUGUUAUUUUGGAAA